GCAACUUCCACAAGAUGAGGUUUGGGACCCGCUUGCGGGCAUAUAUGCAACGAAAGACCAUGGAUUCGUUCGCAUUCAUACCAACUUUCCUCACCACCGACGCGGUAUUCUAGAUAUUUUGAACAUUCGAGACACGCCGGAAGUGACUCGUGCCACCGUGGGUGACGCGAUAAAGCAGUGGAGCAAAGUCGAAUUCGAAACCGCAGCCGCUGAGAAGCAGAUGUGCGCAACAGCUUUAAGGUCGUUUAGCGAAUGGGAUACACAUCCUCAGGCGCGAGCUUUGCUUGCAACAGCUCCAGUGACCAUCACAAAAAUUGGGGAGGCACCGAAGAGACACGUCGUUCCGGGUAAUUAUUUGCGGCCCCUGGACGGCAUUCGAGUGGUAGAUCUUAGUAGGGUGCUUGCGGGACCCAUUACGGGCAGAACACUGGCAGCACACGGUGCGGACGUUCUCCUCAUCACCUCACCUAAUCUACCGUCCCUCCCGCUUCUUGAUGUGAAUACCUCUCUGGGCAAGCGCACUACACAACUCGAUUUGAACAAGCACGAAGACUACGCAAGGCUUUUGAGGCUAGCCAAAGACACUGACGUCUUCUUACAAGCCUACCGUCCAGGAGGGCUGGCAAAAAAAGGUUUUGGUCCCCAUGAACUCGCUACCCUGCGUCCUGGUAUUUUUGAUUCCCUUGUCCAAAAUGCUACUGGUCUCAAUUUCGCUGAAGGUGAAGCAUAUCAACAAUUUUUGAAUCUUGACGAAACGAAUACCCCUGAAAACCCCCAGCCCCGUCCGCUCCCAGUGCAAGCGCUCGACCACGCAGCAGGGUAUCUCCUGGCAUUUGGAAUUAACGCAACACUUUGUAAAACUAUCACGGAAGGCGGGUCAUACGAAGUACGCGUCUCGCUAGCCAGUAUUGGACAAUGGCUCCGUUCCUUGGGCCGCCUCGAUCCGGUGCAAGGUUUUGGAGAAGGCCAAUCCCUUCCUCAGAGGACAUUGCCGCUCGACAAGGAAAUUGCCGACUUAUCAGUCACUUGGAAUCAGACUAGUCAAGGCAAAGGUCGGAAAAUGACGGCGCUGAAGCAUCCUGCUAUACUUUCCGUGACACCCGUACGGGAUGGGAGUAAUGGUGGGGAGGCACCUAUGGUGUUGAACUCACACGAGCCAGUAUGGCUCUGA